UAUCCUAUUAGAAUUAGUAACUAAUAUGCUCUUUUAGCCCAUUUUGAUACAGCUUAUAUACAGUAUAUUGCCAAAAGUAUUGGGCCAGCCCUCCAAAUCAUGUGAUUCAGGUGUUCCAAUCACCUCCAUGGACACAGGCAUGCAGACUGCUUCUACAAACAUUGGUGAAAGAAUGGGUCGCUCUCAGGAGCUCAGUGAAUUCAAGCGUGGUCCCGUGAUAGGUUGUCACCUGUGCAAUAAGUCCAUCCAUGACAUUUCCUGGCUACUAAAUAUUCCACGCUCAACUGUUAGUGGAUUAUAACAAAGUGGAAGCAACUGGGAACAACAGCAACUCAGCCACCAAGUGGUAGGCCAUGUCACAUGACAGAGCGGGGUCAGCGCAUGCUGAAACGCACAGUGCGCAGAAGUCACCAACUGUCUGCAGAGUCAAUAGCUAAAGACCUCCAAACUUGGUGUGGCCUUCAGAUUAGCACAACAGUGCAUAGAGAGCUUCAUGGAAUGGGUUUCCAUAGCCGAGCAGCUGCAUCCAAGCCUUACAAUGCAAAGCGUCGGAUGUCGUGGUGUAAAGCACGCCGCCACUGGACUCUAGAGCAGUGGGGACAUGUUCUCUGGAGUGACCAAUUACGCUUUAAUGUCUGGCAAUCUGAUGGACCUGUCUGGGUUUGGCAGUUGCCAGGAGAAUAAUAAUUGCCUGAUUG